AUGGCGCUGGGCUGUCGCCAAGGGCGCCGUCUGUGCGGCCCGGCUCCCAUCAGGCGGCGGCCGCUCGCCGCCCGGGAGUCGGAGGCCGGGCCUCUGGCACGGCCUUAUGCGGCGGCCGGCGGCGAGGAGGCGAGUGGGCAGGAGGAGCUGCUGCUGGAGGUGUGCCGGAGGCGGCACUUCUUGCGGGGCGAUCCGGAGCUUCGGGCCCGGAGCGCGCAGCUCCGCUUCGGGCCGCUGGGCGUGGCGCUGCGGGGUAACCUGGCGGCGCAGUGGUGGGACGCGGUGCUGGCCCGCCGGGAGCAGGUCUUGGCGGUGGAUUCCCCGGUGCACGGCCGUCCCUCCGCCGGCUCCCCGUACGCUCAGGGCGCUCCGCGGCUGCUGCACUCGGAAACCCUGCGCGAAAUUCUCCAGAGCGGGGGCUGCGGCCGGGAGCCCGGCGGCGCGGCUCUGCAAGAAGCGCUGGGCAGCGCGGGAGCGCUUCGUGAGAGCCUCCUGCCCGGUGCUUUGGCACAGUAUGUUAGCUGCUUAGAACUUGUGAACAAGCGACUGCCCUGUGGCCUUGCUGAAGUUGGAGUAUGUUUUCACUCCAUUCCAGGAAGUGAGCAACACAACGAAAAGCUUAGAAGAAUAGGUGAAAGGACUACAUCGUUACUUACGUGGUUUAGCUCUCCCAGAACUGCAGGACAGUGGCUUGAUUAUUGGUUACGUCAGAGACUGCAAUGGUGGAGAAAGUUUGCAGUGGGCCCAUCCAACUUCAGCAGCAGUGACUUCCAGGAUGAAGAAGGAAGGCGGGGAUUUAAUUUGCAUUAUGACUUUCCUUGGGGGAAGGAAACAAUAGAAACAUUGAAAAACCUUGGUGACACUGAACUGCUACAGAUGUAUCCAGGAGACAGAUCGAAAUUACUGGGCCGGGAUGGAAGGAAGAAUGUUCUUCCUCACGUUCUGUCUGUGAGUGGAAAUCUGGACCAAGGAGCAUUAGCUUAUCUCUUUGAUUCUCUCCAGCUGGCUGAGAAUCCUCUGACAACAAAGAAAAAUUCGCAGAGAAAGGUACUUAAACUUCACCCUUGUUUAACACCUAUCAAAGUGGCUUUGGAUGUAGGGAAGGGCCCAACAACAGAGCUGCGACAGGUUUGUCAAGGAUUGUUCAAUGAACUAUCAGAAAAUAGAAUUGCUGUGUGGCCAGGUUAUCUUGAAACCACACAGCUAUCUCUGGAGCAGCUUUACACAAAGUAUGAUGAGAUGAGUGUUCUCUUCAUGGUCUUGAUAAGUGAUUCUACUCUGGAGAACGGAGUGGUCCAGCUGAGAAGCAGAGACACUACCAUGAAGGAAAUGAUGCACAUUUCUAGUAAAGACACAGCAGAAGAAUUAACACACCAUCAGCAACUUGGUUGCUAGUAACAUCUCCUGCAUGGUUCCAAAAUUAAGCUGUGGAAUCUUUCUCCCUUUAGCUUAGAUG